AUGUUGAAUGUGGAUGUUGUGUAUCUGCAGUACAUGGUUCAUAUGCAUGUUGAUAUUGAUAUUGAAAGGAGGAAGGGCUUCGACCGUGAAUGUGAAAUUGUGGGCGAGAAUCAAUGGGAAGCAUCUAUUAUUGGGAUUUCUAUCUGUGCAUCCACUCAUCCAUCAGUAUCAGCAUGUCUGUCUCUCUGUAUGACCCUCAAAUUGGCUAUCUAUCUAUCAGUUGGUCUAGGUGAUUCUCUGGAUCUUAAGUCAAAUAUGCUAGCUGAUAGUAAUGGCAACACAACAGCAACUGUGGUAGCAGUAGUAGAAAUGUUAGUGUGA